ACAACCACGUUGUCGACCCGAGUCAACCCGUGUUAUCUUCCGGUUCUUCUCCAGCGCGUGGAUACUUGGCAACGUGAGAAAUUAAAAGAGAACGCGAAUAAAGGCUUCAAAAUGACCCAAUCCGACGGUAUAAUAAAACCAAAGACCAAGCGCGCCAAGCGCUUCCUGGAGAGCCGAGCACCCAAACUGGCAGAGGAUGGUAAGAGCGCCAUGAUCAUGAAAGGAGGAAACGCCAAUCAAACUGUCACCCAGGCUCUCAAGGACAUAUAUUCCCUGAAAAAGCCCAAUGCUGUUCUUUACAAAAAGAAGAACAUCACAAGACCUUUUGAGGACUCUACAUCAUUGGAAUUUUUCUCCAAGAAGACGGACUGUUCUCUGUUUUUGUUUGGUUCCCACAACAAGAAGCGACCAAACAACCUUAUAUUUGGGCGUCUAUUUGACUUCCACGUGCUGGAUAUGUUUGAACUGGGAAUUGAGAAGUAUGUCUCCCUGAGUGAGAUUAAGAUAAGUAAAUGUCCCGAGGGGACCAAACCAAUGCUCGUGUUUGCUGGUGAACCGUUCGAAAUGGACAACGAGUACAAACGUCUCAAAAGUCUGCUUAUUGACUUCUUCAGGGGUCCUUGUGUGUCUGCCGUCCGAUUGGCAGGCUUAGAACAUGUUUUGCACUUUACUGCUGUGGAUGGCAAAAUAUUCAUGCGCAGUUACAGGUCUUUGUUGAAGAAGUCAGGCUGCAGGACACCACGCAUUGAACUGGAAGAGAUCGGGCCAUCGUUUGACUUUGUUUUAAGAAGAACACACAUUGCCUCAGACGACUUGUAUAAGUUAUCUCACAAGCAGCCAAAGGCUCUAAAGCCCACGAAGAAGAAGAAUAUUUCCCACGAUGUAUUUGGCACCAAGUUUGGCCAAGUGCACAUGCAGAAGCAGGAUCUGUCCAAGCUUCAAACACGGAAGAUGAAAGGUCUUCGGAAGCGAAAGGGUGAUGUGGUCGAUGGUGGGGAACGGGAGGGAGGAUCUUCCAAAGUGGCCAAAAUGGAGAGUUGAGGUUGAGUUGAGAAAAUGGACACACAAGUAUUUUACAUCGUCUAUAUCAUGCGGUUUUCUUGACCUGUUAUUCAUCACAAUUUACUGCUUCCACCACUAGGAAUCCAGAUGAUGUAAGUGAUAUUUUAAUGACUUUUCUUCAACUUAAAACACACGCUAAUUGUUUUAUCAUUUCUUGUCAGUGUUCAGUUUCAAUGAAAUUAAGUGUGGAAAUGUUCAUCAGCUUGAAACAUUUUCUCUUACGUUGUUCUGAAAACUGUUGUUGUACAAAAUAAAAACAAUGGGCCAAUAAUGGAA